AUGAAGAUAUCUACAACAACUACUGUUAGACUUCACUUGUACCGGGAUGGAUUUCAACCAGAUUAUUGGAUUUGGACUGAACACGGAGAAGUGAAGCCAAUGGUUGAAACAAGGGGUGGUUCGACUAGUAGUAGGAUUGUGCAUCACGACGACCAAUUGAAUGCAAUGGAUGAAAUGGUGUUUGAUGCUUUUAGGCCUUAUCAAGAUGUCCUUGAUGUGAACACUAACAUGGGAAAUGAGACAUUUGCUGAGGAUGAGGUGUCUAACGAAGAUGCAAAACGGUUUUAUGACAAGUUGAUAUCCACCAACAAGCCCAUCUACGAGGGGGCUACCCAAUCAAUGUUAUCAAUUUGUGUUCAACUUCUGGCAAUUAGGUCUAAUUGGCAUGUUCCACAAAAAGGUAUAGAUUUUGUUACAAAAAUGCUUAAAAGUGUAUGUCCAGUGCCAACAUGCUUGCCCGAUAACUAUUACCAAGCAACACAAUUGGUUUCAAAGUUAGGGUUGAAGGUUGAGAAGAUUGACUGUUGUAAGAAAGGAUGUAUGUUAUAUUACAAGGAUGAUAACAAGUUAUCUGAGUGCAAAAUUUGUUAUUCUCCUAGGUUCAUUCCACGUAGGACUGGUAUGGGAAAAUACAAAGAUGUUCCAGCAAAAAGAAUGUUUUAUUUCCCUAUCAUUCCUAGAUUACAAAGAUUGUAUGCAUCAACAGAGUCUGCAGCUGAAAUGAGAUGGCAUCACGAGAAUAAAAAGAGUUCAAAUGUCCUUCGCCAUCCGUCUGAUGGAAAAGCGUGGAAACAUUUUGACAAUGUAUAUCCUGACUUUGCUAGUGACCCCAGAAAUGUAAGGUUGGGUUUAUGUUCAGAUGGAUUUACUCCUUAUAUUCAAGCGUCUGCUUCUCCAUACUCCUGUUGGCCAGUUAUACUCACUCCAUACAAUCUUCCCCCUGAAAUGUGCAUGACCAAACCAUACUUAUUUUUGACUUGUCUCAUACCUGGACCUUCUAAUCCCAAACAAAAUAUAGAUGUCUACUUGCAACCAUUGAUUGAUGAUUUGCAACGAUUGUGGUCCAACGGCAUUUUGACCUAUGAUAUAUCCACAAAACAAAACUUCAUCAUGAAAGCAUGCUUGAUGUGGACAAUUAACGAUUUUCCCGCAUAUGGUAUGUUAUCUGGAUGGGGAACACAAGGUAAGUUGGCAUGUCCUCAUUGUAUGGAAGACACAAAAGCUUUCACUUUGAAAUAUGGCGGUAAGAAUUCUUGGUUUGAUUGUCAUCGUCGAUUCUUGCCAGCUAAUCACUCUUUCAGAAGAAGUAAAAGAAGUUUUACAAAAAAUAGGGAUGAGAAAGACGGUGAACCUUACAUUUACACAGGGCAAGAGAUCUUGGAGGUGGUGAGUAAUUUUCCAAAAGUGACUGAAAUUGGUUUGAAAAAGAAAUUGAACGGGUAUGGAGUGGGUCAUAAUUGGAAAAAACGAAGUAUUUUUUGGGAUCUUCCAUAUUGGAAGGAUAACUUGUUAAGGCACAAUCUCGAUGUGAUGCACAUAGAGAAAAAUGUCUUCGAUAAUAUAUUUAACACUGUUAUGAAUAUUAAAGGUAAAACAAAGGAUAAUGAAAAGGCGAGAAAAGACUUGUCUUUAUUAUGCUUUCGCGGGGACUUGGAGAUGCAAGUCUUAUCUAGCGGAAAGAUGGGUAAACCAAAGGCAAAUUACACUUUGACAUCAUCAGAUGCCAAGUUGGUUUGUAAAUGGCUUAAGGAUUUGAGAAUGCCUUAUGGCUAUGCUUCAAACCUUGCUAGGUGUGCCGAUGUUGAGAAUGGUACGAUACAUGGAAUGAAGAGUCAUGGCUGUCAUGUUUUCAUGGAAUGUUUACUCCCAAUUGCAUUUCAUUCCUUGCCAGAAUUUGUUUGGAAACCAUUAAUGGAGCUAAGUCGAUUCUUCAAGGAUCUUUGUUGCAAUACAUUGAGGUUGGACGACUUAGUUAAGUUGAAUGAUAACAUUCCAAUUAUCAUAUGCAAGUUAGAAAUGAUUUUUCCAUCAGGUUUCUUCGACUCAAUGGAGCAUCUUCCAAUACAUCUUGCCUAUGAAGUAAUGUUAGGUGGUCCAGUACAUUACCGGUGGAUGUAUCCAUUUGAAAGAUGUAUGGGAGUCUCAAAGCGGGCAGUGACAAACAAGGCUAGGGUUGAAGGCUCCAUAUGCGCUGACUAUAUACAACGCGAGACAACUUAUUUUUGUUCUCAUUAUUUCAAGUCAUUCAAUUUGUUGCCGACCACAAAUUUAAGUAAUAAUCGUCAUUUAGAAUGUGAUGAUCUCCAACCUUCACUAUCCAUCUUGCUGAAACGAGGUCGUCUUAGUGGGAAGUCUGGAACACAUUAUCUAACAGAUAACGAAUGGAAAUCUGCUCAAGUACAUGUGUUGAUUAAUUGUGAUGAAAUUAAACCAUAUCUCGAGGGUCUUACUGAAGGAGGAGAAGAUGAUUACUAUGGCACGAUCACCUAUAUCAUAGAACUAGAUUACUUUGGUCUGAAGGACAAGGUUGCAUUAUUUUAUUGUGAAUGGUUUGACCCAACAAAAAAUAGGGGUACAAAGAUUCAUCCACAAUAUCAAAUUGUUGAUAUUAAGAUGGAUAAACGUUAUCGUCUGUAUGAUCCUUUCAUCCUGGUGCAAAAAGCAAGACAAGUGUAUUAUGUCCCUUAUCCAAAAAUGCGUAGAGAUAAGCGUGGAUGGUGUGUGGCAAUUACCACAAAACCAAGGGGUCACGUGGAGAUUGACAACACAAAUGAUGAAAUGCCUUAUCAGUCUGAUGGGAUGUCACAUGUUCUACCAAUUGCAGAAAUAGAACCAAUAUCUUGUUUACGUGACAACUCACAAAUGACUAACAAAGGUGGCGGUGAUAAAGGAAAGGCCCAUCCUACUAGGGGUAAACCAAAGAUGUUGUGA